CAAUGUGGUUUGCCUUCCCUGACUUCUGCGCUUCAGCGGGCAGAAGUUGUCAGUGUGAGCGUACUGCUUUGUCGCUCCACAGUGAGAACACGUGACUGCCCAGAGAUGAGGACAUGUCACCAUUCCACGCUCUUUCAUAUUGUGCCCAUGCCACAUUCCACGAUCGAAAGUAGCCGGAACUGGCUGACGAGAGUCAAGGCACAUAUGCACAUAUCUCUCAUAGCAGAAACGACACAUCUGAUUGCGACGCCUCUGAAAAAAACAAAUAUAUACGAAAAUAACUCUAGUUUUGCCAAUCAAAACCACACCCCCUAA